GGGGUGUCAUUUUUGGAAGGGGGUCAUUUCGAAGGACGGUGUGUAUAUUGAGGUUGUAUUGAGAGUGUAUAUAAAGCUGCUAUCCUACUUCCUAUUUAGCUUUUGGGUUUUUACAUUCAGCCUAAUAUCACUUCACGCGCCAGAAGGAAGGAAGCAAGCAAGCUCUUUCUAGCUAUCACACUCUUUAUCAAGUUCCCCGCCUUCCGAGCUCGAGGAUCAAGCAUCACCACCUCAUCUCACAUCACCUCACCUCAACUCACCACCAUCACCACCACGACAACCACCAAAAUGACCGUCCCCCAGCCCCCCACCUCCCCAACAACAACCCCCCUCCCCAUCACCAAACCCGCCGCCGCCUGCCCCGCCGACACCCCCACCACCACCGCCGCCGCCCCCCCCUCCUUCACCAUCCCCCCCCUCUCCCUCCAAAUCCCCACCCUCACCCACCCCGGCGCCACUGCCCUCCUCAGCAACACCAUCAUCUCCACCGCCCUCCCCAAGCACAUCACCACCGUCCUCACGCACCUCUACGUCUCCCCCAAGGAGCCCACCACGCACCUCCCCCCCACCAAAUCCGUUGCCCUGUUUCUGCGGCCUAUGGACGGGGUUGCCUACACGAUCGGCACGCAGGCUGUUGAUGGGGCGAAGGAGAUUCAUUUCUCCGUCGACUAUAUCUCCCGCAUCGCCGCCGCGAGAGUCAAGGAUGAGAUUGCGGGAGUCCUAGUGCAUGAGCUGGUGCACUGCUUCCAAUACAACGGGCUCAACACCUGUCCCUCCGGUCUCAUCGAAGGUAUCGCUGACUGGGUCCGCUUGCGCGCCAAGCUCGCCCCGCCUCACUGGAAGAGGAGCACGGAUGGGGGGUGGGCGGCGGGAUAUGAGAAGACGGGGUUCUUUUUGGAGUGGCUUGAUCAGAAUAAGGGGGAUGGGAAGGGGGGGGUGGUGAGGAAGAUGAAUGAGUGGUUGAGGAAGAAUAAGUAUCAGGAGGGGAAGUUUUGGAGGGAGUGCGUGGGGGGGGAGGUGGGGGGGUUGUGGAAGGAGUAUGGGAAGUUUGUUGCGGGAGGGGGGAAGUAG